AUGGGCGACACGCAAGCGGUGGAAGUUGCGCAAACAUGGGCGGUGAUCGAUGACCACGUUUGCCUCAGCAUCGAAAGGAGAUCUAAUUACAGAAGAGUCAAUUUGAUUCCCCACGAGGGCAAGGCAGUACGUGACUCUUUGCAGGGCGAGUUUUGGGGUCUCCAAGUCGACGGUUCCAGUGGUUUGGUCCGGGGUUCCUUGAAGCGUGCCGUCCCGUUGCUCAACGUCAUUCUGGAUGUCCUCGAGCUUGGGAUUGUCACGGUGAACCUUCUCGAAAUCAUUGCAGGCGGGCUCAUCGCACUCUUUAUGUAUAGGAGACGACUUAUGUGCUUGAUGCAAACCAUUUUCAGUGAAAUGACGCAGAGGAGUGAGAACACUGUACUCGCUUUGGGCUCCGACCUGCGGGAAGAGCUCAUCUUGUGUUGCUUGCUUGUGACCACUGCUGUGAUCGAUCUCAAAGCACAUUACAAUCCAACAAUCUUCGCUUGUGACGCUUCAGGUUGGGGCGAGGCUGUGGUCAGUUUGCAUACAUCCGAGCCCUUCGCAAAGGAGAUGUAUCGCCACUGCCUUCGCAAGAGUGUUUGGACCCGGCUCCUUUCGCCAGCCAAAGCUCGACUGAGGCUUCAUGGUGUGCUUCCCGAAGAAGAACUCGAGCUUCCUGGAGGCGGCAACGCCCAGUAUAGGGCGCAUGCCGCUUGGAUUCGCUUUCUAAAGUCCGGAAAGUUCAAGCUUCGCUGGAAACGCAAGGCUAAAUCGAGAAGACAUAUCAAUAUAGGAGAAGUUCGAGCUUUUCUGAGAUCGGAGCGGUGCGCAAAACUGUCGAAGAGAGCCACGCGAUGCUUGGUGGCCGGCGACAGCCAAGUAGCUAUAGGUUGCUUACUUAAGGGGCGUUCUUCGUCAAUUGCGCUCAACAAGGAGAUCGAGCGCGCGCUUCCCCAUACCAUCGGAGGCGGAAUCUACUCCGGGCUGGCCUACUCCCCGACGUCUAUCAACCCUUCGGACGCCCCGACUAGGGGACGAGACGUAGGAGAGCCGACCGAAGAUCUGCCCAACUGGUAUGAGCCUCUGCUAUCAAAAAUUAUUGAGCCGCUGGACGCUUUCCUUCAAGAUCAUGGCUGCUCUCCUUAUGCUCUCACCGGAGUUCCGUCCUUGAAUGAGCUUGUGCAUCCAGGCAGAGAGGAAGUAGUCGAACGAAUGGGUGUUCAGCGCAACGUUCGUGCAAAGAGUCUAAAGCAAUUGCUCUCAAAGGUCCCUCCUCAAGUUGUUUCGGAGCGACUUCGCGAAGCUGCAGAACACUGUCCGAAAAGGAGUGGCUUCGAGGCUCGCCAAGGUGAUGUUUUUCCAGGUCCAUGCCGAGACUUAGCUCAUGGUAUCGGCACGAUCGUUUGGCCAGAUGGGGUGGAGCGAAGUGAAUGUCAGAAGAAUCGAGGAUACUUGGAUCUUUUCUCUGGGAGUUUAGGAGUGGCCCGGCAGCUAGCUCGCAUCUCAGGCCGAUCCAUCGGAGGAUUGAGAAGCAUUGCCUAUCCACAAGGCAAACCUGGGAUUCCGGAGAAGGCGCAAAUCAAAGUAGCACAGGGAAAUCAGCUUGUUGGUGAGUACAACUGGGCUUGCAGGAUCCAGAACUCUGUGCCUAGGUUGGCGGAGGCCUACCCCAAAGGGGUCUCUCUCUGCAUAGCCAUGUCCCUAGCUGCAGCUGCCGGUGAUCGUCCUGACUUCAUCAACUUGGACAUCGACGGGUGCGCCAAAGCUUCCUGCAAAAGGAUUGGCGAAGCUAGUAAUCCUGGGCCGGCAGUUGGAAAUGCCAAGUCCCGGGCUGCCAGGAGACGAGGCAUUACUCUGCAGGAAGCCCCACUCGUCGAGCCAAAGACCCAGGAUCUGGAAGUGAGACUUUGGGGUGGAUUCCUCGAAUGGGUUCGUGACAACUGCAGCAGCACAGGGGCCGAGGAGCUUUUGCAGAGUUCGGUUACCACUUCGGCUCUGUUGAAAGAGUACGGAGAGCAUCUUUUCGAAAGCGGAGCCACUUUGUCAGCGUUCCGGCAUCUCAUCACUUUUGCGCAGCGCACUUACUCCGAUUUCAAGCAGCAUGCAAAAGUGUGUUGCGACAUGGUGACUCGCUGGGAACAGUUAGAGCCGUUGGUCCACCGACCGCCGUUGCCUCACAAGCUGUGCGAGGCCAUGGUUGCCAUUGCGCUAAGCUGGAAUUGGCCUCGUUUCGGGCUGCUCCUUCUCAUUGCGUUCUUUGGCAUUAUGCGAAUCGGAGAAGUCCUUCAGCUUUCUAGGGCAGAGUUGGUACUUCCCUCGGACUUGCUUUCAGAUAAGACCGAUCAGCUCUUCGUCAAAGUGACUGGCGGAAGCGAAUUCGUGUUCUGGACUCAGGGAAUUGUUUCAAUGGUUCAACCGAGCAAUCGCAGGAUGGUGGUGGAUGUGCCACUCUGCAAGAAGCACAUGGUGGCACUUGUGGAUAUGGUUGCGACAGCUCAUUCAUGUCGCAACCUCAAGCGUGAGGUGGUUGUGAGACGAGAGCUUGCGGAUGUGUCGAUUCGACGGCGUGCAUGGUGCAAAGGCGGCUGUCGCGAUCGAAAGAGGAUUCUCAACGAGACGGACAAGGCCGCUCUGUCGCUCAGCCGGCUCCCAGAGAUGCACUUCUGCCUGCAGACCACCCGGGAUGUCCACGAGUACAACGCGGUCGUGAACACAUUCAAGAUGGCUGGCUGGACACGUGUCCCAGUUGGCUCGUCGAAGUUUGCCAUCUACUGGGGUCCACAUCCCACGCCAGAGAUGCUGAGGAGCUUUAACCCUUUCCAGAGGGCAAACCACUUUCCGAACUCCUGGCAGUUGGGGCGGAAGGACCUUCUGGGCAAGAACAUCCACAGGAUGAAGCGACAGUUCCCUAAAGACUAUAACAUCAUGCCAUUGAGCUUUAGUCUCCCUGAAGACAGCCAAGCUUGGAGCCAGGCGAGAGAUCAGAAUCCGGAGGCUCUCUGGAUUUGGAAGCCUGCCAACCUCAGCUGUGGCAAAGGCAUUCGCCUCUUGGCUUCCUCCAUCUCCCCUGGAGCAGAGAAGAAGAUCCUGCAGAGGUCAGGCGUUGUUCAGCGCUAUGUGGAUGGGCCGUUACUCGUCAACGGUUUCAAGUUCGACCUCCGCCUCUACGUGGUGGUAACCUCCUUCGAUCCCCUGAAGGUCUACAUCAAUGAGGAGGGGCUUGUGCGCCUGGCCACGCAGAAGUAUCGGUGUUCGGCCGACAGUCUCCAAGAGAGGACCAUGCACCUUACAAAUUAUUCGGUGAACAAGCACGCAGCCAGCUACAAGCAAAAUCUGGACGGCCAAGAUGCGGAAGAUGCUGAUGGGACUUCGGGGGAGGGAGGCGAGGCCGAAGAGGAGGCCCAGGCAAAGCUUAGGCUUUACCCUCCCUCUCGCGUGCCUUCUUCCACUCGGCAGGAGAGCACUGGAUCUUCGAAGUGGUCCUUGAGGCAACUCGAGGAGUAUUUCAAGACUCAGGGUCUGGUGCCGAGCCUUGACUACGGGUUGGCGAUGUCGCGGAUCGAGGAUGUCAUUAUCAAGACUCUCAUCGCGGUGGAGCCGCAGAUUGUGAACACCUGGCACCAGGGGGCGAACUUCUCCGUCGCUAGUUCUGGCCCCAUCCAGCAGGUUGGCCCGCACCAGACCUGCUUUGAGAUCUACGGUUUCGAUAUCCUGUUGGAUACUGAACUGCAGCCGUGGUUGCUGGAGGUGAACGUUUUCCCGUCGUUCUCCUCUUCUUCGCCCUACGAUAAGAGGAUCAAGACCCAACUGGUGGCUGAUGUGUUCACCUUGCUUGGUAUACCACCCUACAGCCACGACGCCGUAGAAAAUGCAUGCAAGGAGGAGCAAGCGAAACGUUUGCAAGGCCAGUCAAAAUCAUUGUCCAUCACGCGGUCGCACACAGUCUCAACGAUUAAAUCGGCAUCCCUGAAGAGUUUGGGGGAGGCUGAGCGGCGACUGAUUCUCGAGUCUCACGAGGAAAACAUGCGAAGUGGGCACCUGACUCGAAUCUAUCCUCGUCAGGCUUCCGGCGCAUAUUCUCAGUUCUUCGCGUCUCAGAGGUACACAAACCUCGUCUUGGAGCGAUGGAUUCAGUUGGGUGGAGAGCGCCUGGGGUGGAGGUUUGAGCAAUCUCUGGACUGCUGCUAUCGGGAAGUGAGGUGCUUCAUUUGGGCACAGCGCGUGCCCAUCCGCGAAGCAGAAAAGAGGCACGUGAUGUGUGAAAUUCCGAGCUCUGCAGACACCAUGACGGCAGCCGAAGCGAAAUUCUACAAGGAUGGUUAUACACACCGAACGGUGCUGUAUGACAACAUGCAGGAUGCCAAGGCAGAAUAUGGCGGCGCACUGAACUUCAGCGCAUAUCGCCAGGGCCGUGACCGACAGUACCUGGGCGUCAACGGGAAGAACUACUAUGCGAAGCCUUGGGGCAACGACUCCUCCAAUAUCCAGGCGGUGAUUAAUGGACCAUCCUACUGGAAGCGCGUGUACUAUCGCGAGAACAUUGCCGCGCGGUUCGCGCGCGAAGAUGCGGAGGCAGCCGAACGCAAGGCUCAGGCGGAGAUUGCAGAGGCGCUUUCGAACGGGGCGGGUGAGGCGCCACCGAGGCGAUCGCAGUCGGAAAGCGCACUUCAGAAGCCGAAGACCCUCGAUGCAAAGGACACGUACGCGCCCAUCAAGGAGAACAUGAAGCCUUUCGUGGAGAAGCAAGGCAAGCCACGCAUCAGAGCUAUGGAGGCCGGAGAGCGAUUGCACUUCUUCAAUACCCUUCACAACAAGUACCACAUGAAGGCUGGUGGCAAGAACUUGGAGUGGAAUGUCUCCAAGCAGACCCACCGAAGUACCAAGAACGAGCUGAACUGGAUCUUGUCCAACUACUUCCGCACCGACUCGCAUGCUGUCCUAAAGGGAGCGGGGCAAGACUGA